AUGGCUGAGUAGAAAUAGUAAUUGUUUCUAAAAUAAUUAACUGUUAAUAUGUAAUCCCUCUAACGAUACAUUUAAAAGGAAACUAAUGAAUAAAGAGAGAAAUGCUAUCAAAUUUAUUUGUAAUCCAAUCAAAAUUAUGAUGAUUAUUCUAAAUGCAUUCAAUAAUUAUAAACUAAGAGAAAAUCAGUAGAUUGUACUUAUGAAUUAAUGGUUAAAUAUUGGCCUUUUUGGACAUAAAAUUGUUUUGAGAAAGCAGACUCUAAAGAUUAAUUUUUGAAUUGUUAGUAACAUACAACAGAAUCUUUAACCAAUUUUUUAUAGAACUCAAUCAAUUAAUUAUAAAUUUGA